UUACUAAUUAAUUAUUAAAUAAAUAUUUACAUCUGUAAUAUCUAAUUAGUUUCCUCUUCAUUUCUUCGUUGCUGUUUGCUUAACGUGAAGCUUCUCCGCCUCGGACGACGACGUUGUUGCUGUCGGAUUGGAAGUUGCUACAGGAGCUCGCCGCGAAGUUUGAUGCUCGAGUCAACAUACUUCUGUUAAUUGCCAUAAGAUCUGACAAGGGAUGAGCUGCACACAUAGUAAUGUAUUCAACACCACUUUGAAACUUAGCAUCCCUGCUACAAGGCUUAGCCGAACCUGCUCUGUAUCUCGGGUUUCGUUUCUUCAUGUGGCAACUUCAUGUAUUUCUCCAACUCAAACAUUCAAACAUCAUAAAAUGCCAAGUAUUGUUCACAGUUUUCCAAAGCGCAAAGCUUGCGCUCCAAUAUGCUUGUUUGGAGGGCAAGGGAACUCAAGGGGUGAAAACAAGUCUUUUUCAUGGGAUUCACUGAAGGAUGCUUUGAAAGGCUUGAGAAAGGAAAAAACAAUCCAAGAAAUGUUAAGAGAUCAGAUGCGAAAAGGAGAAUUUGGCGGUGACAGUGGUGAUGGAAAUCCUCCUGGAAGAGGUGGUGGUGGCGGCUCUGAUGGUACAGAAGAUGAAGGUUUUGCUGGAGUUUUAGAUGAGACAUUGCAAGUGGUUCUGGCCACCAUUGCCUUCCUGUUUGUGUAUAUGAACAUAAUCAAAGGUGCAGAACUAACCAAGCUUGCGAGGGACUACAUCAAAUAUCUUUUAGGUGGUGUGCCUACCAUGAGAUUGAAGCGAGUCAUGGAUAAAUGGAAGAGGGCUUUUGAAAAACUUUCGUGGACAGAAGAGGAGAGUGAGGACUGGUUGGUUCGAAAGAUUGUGAUGACUCCGACAUGGUGGCACAGGCCUGAGGAAAUUGUGCGCGUUAUGAAGAGAAAGAUGAUAGAAUCGAGAUCAGGAGGAGCAUAGGCAAGCUGUUGCAUUUCUCUCUUUCCAAGUUGUUGAUUUCAUUCUCUGUAAGUUUAAACUUUUAUUUCAACUCCAUGAAGGAAUCUCAAGUUUAAUCC